UAAUGAGAAACAACAAUACCAUACAUGUAAAAAUACUGACAUUGUUACUUUACAGAAUUGCUAGACGUCCAGAUGUUGGGGGCAGAGGAAGAAUGUUCACUGCUGAACAAGAGACCCAUAUAGUCAAUAUGGUGAUUGCAAAUAAUGCCAUAAGGCUACGGGAAAUACAGCAGCGCAUAAUUGAGGAUAACAUCAACUUCCAAAACAUAAACAAUGUGAGCAUUUCUGCGUUAUCUCGUAUACUUGCCCGCAACAGAAUCCGCAUGAAACAAGUCUACAGGGUCCCUUUUGAAAGAAACAGUGACCGUGUAAAACAACUGCGAUAUGACUAUGUGCAGAGGGUAAUGGAGCUAGAGGCAGAUGCCAUGGGUCAUGAGCUGCUUUUUGUGGAUGAGGCAGGUUUCAAUCUCACUAAAACAAGGAGACGUGGCAGGAACAUUAUUGGACACCGUGCCAUAAUCAAUGUCCCAGGACAACGUGGCGGUAACAUCACUAUGUGUGCAGCUAUAAGUCAGAAUGGCGUUGUUCACCAUCAUGCAACUCUAGGCCCAUAUAACACUGCACACUGUAUUACAUUCCUGGACACCUUACAUGACAUGCUCACUAAUGUUCAGGGACAAGAGCAGACCAGAUAUGUCAUCAUAUGGGACAAUGUUAGCUUCCAUAGGGCUGCUUUGGUCCGCAACUGGUUUACAGAUCACCCGCUCUUCACUGUAGUCUACCUCCCCCCAUACUCUCCAUUCCUAAACCCAAUCGAAGAGUUCUUCUCUGCCUGGCACUGGAAAGUGUAUGACCGUCAUCCCCAUCAGCGCAUAGCCCUUUUACAGGCAAUGGAGGAGGCAUGUGGGGAUGUUGACCAGGCAUCAUGUCAGGCCUGGAUACGGCAUUCCAGAAGAUAUUUUCCCCGGUGCCUUGGACUAGAGAAUAUUGCAUGUGAUGUAGAUGAAAUUUUGUGGCCGGACCCAGAGAGACGACAUGAUGUAGACUGAUUUUUUUGUUUUUCUCUGUGAAAUUACUACAGUAUUUUGUGUUUUGACUUGGAAAAAAACACUUGUGUUUGUUUUGAUGUGUCUAAAUAAACACUGUAAUACUUGAUGUUUGGAUCCCUGUAUGUUUACAGAACUAUGACAAAAGUAUUACCUCAAACUGACAUA